CCCCAACACAUGCAACAUCUCCUUAAUAUAAACACAUUAAGUGUCCCUCUUCUUGUCUCACACUUUCAAACUCUUUCUUCAUCACAAUUCCCAAACCCUUUCAACCUAUUCAAACACUCCAUGGAUAACAACCACCACGAUCACUACAACAACAAAACAACUUCCCAAACACGCCUUAAGCUCUUCGGCUUCCACGUCCAAGAAGACGAAACCAUGCAAGAUAAUCUUCAAGACUCAACAAACAAAGCCACUUCCUCUUCCACCACUUCAACUUCCCCUUCAAGAUCACCGGACUCCUCCGGUGCCGGUGAGGCUUUCACUUUCCCACCUUCCUCCGGCGAAAGAAAAUACGAGUGUCAAUACUGUUGUAGAGAGUUCGCAAAUUCACAAGCACUUGGUGGACACCAAAACGCGCAUAAGAAAGAGCGUCAACAACUCAAACGCGCUCAGUUACAAGCUAACCGAAACGCCGCCGUUUCGUUUGUUAGAAACCCGAUGAUCUCCGCCUUUGCUCCGCCGCAGCACUUGCUUGCUCCGCCAGGGUCCAUGAUGGUUCAACCUUCUUCGUGGGUUUACGUGCCGCCGCGUUCUGCUCCUCCUCCCUUCCACGUGUCGGUUUCUCACGGUUGCGUUUUCCCGUCGGCAAACGGAAACACCAUGAUGAGUGGGAACAAUAAUAGUAGUACUAAUUUUGCGGGUGCAGGGAUUUUUCCGUGUGUCGGCGUUGUAGGGGAUUCAGGGUCCGCAUUGUCAACGAUGCAGGUACAAGCCCGGGCCCACAUGAUUGAUGGGCCCUGUUUGAGUAGGUUCAGUGGGCCCAAUUUUGAUGAUGCAUUGGGCUUGGAUUUGCACCUUAGUCUCGCACCAGCUGCGGCUCGCUCAUACGGCUCGGCUCAGCUUAGUUAUUCUAGAUGCUCCCCUUAGGACAAUAUUAUUAUAUAUGUGGCUGCUUGUAAAUUUUAUUUUUGUUUUAUUUUAUUUUUUUUAGCUUUUUUUAUGCAAAUUAUUUCGCUUGGUACACAUAUCAACAGAAUCUAUAUAGAAAUUAUUGUCGCAACUGAACAAUUUUAAUUUCUGCUUUAAUUUUAUGAGAUGAAGUCUAUAUAGUGUAGCACAAAAUUUUAGUUCACAUGAUAAUAGAAGCCUUGAUUUGAAAGUA